AUGAGACUAAUCUUUCAAGCAUGUUCAAUGAUCCUCACACUGGGCAACCUUGUGGCUACUCAGUCACAAUCUUCUGGCUGGAAAGAUGUCACCAACAUCAAAAUAAUCAAUUUCAAUAAUGAGAAUAUGCAGAUCACAUGGGCAGCAAGAGAGAAUUUUCCCAAUGAGAAUGUGUCAUUUUCUUACACGUUUGAUGAAGGCAAGCAGAAAGUUUGGAAGCCAUGUCCCAGCUAUUUAUUGGAUCAAGAUCAUAAUUCUGGAUGUAUUUUUAAGACGGAAGGACCCACCCUUGCCAUGUCUAUCAGGAACAGCAAUGGGAGCAAAGAGCUCUUUUCUAAAAAACUAAAAGCUGAUUUUUAUAUAAAGCCCAAUCGACCAGAAAAUGUGACCUUCUUCUGGAAAGAGGACACUGUUACUGUAAGCUGUAAUAAACCAGAGAAAGCUGUGAGGUGCUUAAGGCUUGAGCUUCAAUACAAAAGCAAGUUUGAUGAAGAGUGGCAAUCCAGAACUUCUAGGUGUUGCAGUGUUGAAGAGCAAGGCUUUGAUCCAGAGAAAUGUUAUUCUUUCCGGGUCAGACUGAAGAGGUUAGUACCCCACUGCAAUGUAGUUAAUUACAGCAGUGACUGGCAAGCAGAAACAUUUUGGAUGAAUGGCACAUUAGUAGAUUCAUGUGACUACGAUACAACACCUCAGUCAAACACAGUGAUUGCUUUAAGUUGUUUGCUGGCAGUACUUCUAAUGAUGCUUAUCCUCCUGAUUCUUCUAUGCAAAUGGAAGAGGCUUCAGAAGUCGGUGAUGCCUGCUAUACCAGAUCCAAAAUAUAUAUUUGCUGAUCUCUUUAAUGAUCAUAAUGGAAACUUCCAGGAAUGGAUAGACAAAAGUGAUCAUGCAGUGCUGCAAACCAAACUAGAAUAUGAAGAACCUGAGUGCAUCACUGAGGCAGAAAUCCAGCACGAAGAUGAGAAGAACAGUGACAAACAGGGACCUUUGGAAAAAAUCUUCACUUUUUCAGGAUCGGGUGAAACCAAUGACCUCCAAGCAGCUCAGAUUGCCUGCCUGAUGCCAGUGUCCAAUGCUACAGCUUCUUUUGCUGGUGUCCAGAUUUUAAUGAAUGAAGACAUGUAUGUGACAUUAUAA